UAUACUCGGAUACCAGCUACGUGUCAAGCUUCCCACAUUUGUCAAACUUGAUUCCAAUCUUAAAAAAAACAGAGAGAAAAGAAAAUGGCUGCCAACGAAGAAGUCGGCAUAUGCCUGAGUAUUUCGUCUGAACAUAAAGAUGCUGAGAAAUCGUCUGCUUAAUGGAAUUAUCGUCUGCUACAACUCCCCGCUGAACUCGUUCAACACCAUAUCGUAUGACCUUUGACUCGCGUAUCUUCGUACUCCCACCAAAGAUAAUCUUUAUCCAACUCACGAGAUUUACUUUACGUCAGAAAGCGUCAAUUCAAAGUAGCAACGAUUGAACUAUUAUACGUCUCACAAUAUGGUUUCAAUUUAUCAAUGCAUCGAGACCCACUUGUGAAAACCUGUUUUGAGGUGGCUUCCUUUCACAAACAAACAAAAAACCAACACUCAGAAAAAAACGAAAAAAAAACAUGGCUUCAAACAUUCUCGACUGCACGUCGUGUGGAAACUUAUUCGUGGCGUUUGCGGCAGUGACUGGUUUUGCAGAGUUGAAAAGUCGACGCGGUCUGGAGUACGUGUUUGUGGUGGAGGUCUUUUGGUCCGACAAGAGAACCACGUACAUAAAGAGAACGUACAAAGACUUUCUCAGGUUUUACAGGCUUCUUUUUAACAAGUUGAAAACGAAAGCCGCUGAUCCCGACACUGGGUGGAGACGCAUACCCAGGCUUGAAGGGCGGAAGUGGUUCAGACGAAAUAACCGUGGUUUAGCCGAAAUUAGAGAACUGGAAUUGCACCACUUUGUUGGAGAUCUAUUACGAAUACACCCCCAGGUGGCUUCUGACCCUGUCGUGGUUGACUUCUUUGAACAGCGACCCACUGAUCCGUGUCCGUACAAAGAACCGUGUUAUGAUAUCGAUGAGGAUCUGUUUUCUAAUAUACCGAUAAACAGCUGAUGUGGUCAACAACAACAAUUGACAGAACAAAGAAUGACCAAAAAGCAGAGAUGGGGAACAGAUUCCAUAGAUCCAUGGCCCCAGAUUUUGGAAGCUAUCUUAGUGCAACGAUAUCGUAAAACGGUCGUAGGAUAUGGCAUUCGACGUUGUGACGUCAUAGCUUACGACGGUUUUACGAAAUCGUAACGCUAAUAUAGCUUCGAAAAUAUGUAGCCACUGAUUAUUAUAUUGGGAUUUUUUUUUCGGUUACACUGGAUGCGUUGCGUGCGUGCGUGCUACCCCACACGCUCGGAUCAUUUCUUACCUACCCAUUGGUGAGAACAUGAUUCGUUAUUUAUGAUAUCCAGAGGCGGAUUUAAGGGGAGGGGUUAGGGUCCCGCCCCCCCCCCCUAAAUUGUGCGACAGUUAUAAUUUUAUUAAAUAUUAAUUUUUAUGCCCACUCCAAACCUUCCCCAAAGUUCCCUUAGCAUUCCGCUUCAUGCCAUUGGGGCCCCCCCCCUAAAUAGAUUUUCUGGAUCCGCCACUGAUAUAUGUAAAUACUACUCAAGCGUGCUGUCGGUUUAAAGAGUGGGCACUCAAGUAGUAAAUUCUCUAUGUACAACCAGUUUGGAUUUCGUAUUCAUCUAAACUGAGGCAUGACAAUUGUUUGCAAUUCUUUUGACGAGAUGAGCAAUUUACACCAGCUGUGUUCCAACCGCAAUUAAUAGAUAACACGCUGCUUUUUGUGUGUUUUUAUAUUAAACCUAUUGAAAUAAGGGCAUAAAGGGCGCUUUAAACAUGUGUUUAUAAGUUAUGUAUCUGCGGUUGUUAUAUUUAUUAUGGGUGUGUAUGUAGUAAUGCAUUAGAUAUUAGUUGUUUUGAAAAUUUUAAAGAAUGUACAAACAAUUAUUUUGA